AUGCUCAGAACCCUUGGGCUGGGCCUGCUGGCCCUGGUCAUCGUCAUGAACCCAAGCCAGGCCAGCAGCUUCACAGAAAAAGGCCUCUCUCUGCUGGGCUUCCGGCUGUGCAACUACAGCGUGGCCCAGAGCGUGCAGAGCGUGAAGGCUAUGCAGAUGUCCCGCCUGACCCGCGUUCCCUGCGGCGGCUGGAUCCCCUGGCGGCGCUGCCCGAAGACCGUCUACCAGACCCGGUACCUGGCGGUGGAGGUUCCGGAGCCCAGGAAUGUGACCGACUGCUGCGAGGGCUACGAGCAGCUGGGCCUCUACUGUGUCCUGCCCCUGAACCGGUCUCAGGAGUUUGCAUCCAGACCUGGGAGCUGCCCGGUGGUGGGGCUGGAAGUGUCCACCUUGCCGUGCACCCUGGACGCUGACUGUCCUGGUCUUCAGAAGUGCUGCCCCUCAUCAGGGGGCCACCGUUGCUCAGCCCCCACAGCCCCAGAGAGCAACCGGGAGGGUUGCUGGUACAACGUGACCGUUGUGGUGAAGAUGGACUUCAAGGAGCUCCAGCAGGUGGACCCACGGCUUCUGGAUCACAUGAGGCUUUUGCACUCCAUGGUCACCAGCGCCCUGCAGCCACUGGACACCACCGUCCACCACCUGCACUCGGCCGGGGGGGACACCUCGACCACAGUGUCCUGGCUGCUGCUGGGCCUGCCAAGGCCGAUGCCCGUGGCCCGCGUCUCUGCAGUGCUGGACGGCAUGGUGAAGCGCAUCUAUGAAGUGAUCAAUGUCCAAGUGCAAGAUGUGAAUGAAUGUUCCUAUGGUGAACUCAACACCUGCUCAGGGAGGGAACUGUGCCUGAACGUGGAGGGCUCGCACCAGUGUGUGGGUUACCUGAAGUCCCCUGGCUCGUCUCUCCCGGGGCUGGACGGCAUGUGUGCAGAUUACCCUCCCAUCAGAGACCUCGUGAUCUUCAAUGUCACCAGCAGCAGCUUUCAAGUGUCCUGGAGCUUAAACUCCACCCAGAACCACACUUUCUGGGUGCAGGUUUACCAGGGCGAAGAGUUGUUCAGGAGUGCCAGCACCUCUGGAACGAGUCUGGAGGUGGCCGGGCUGCAGGCUGGAGUGAGGUAUGGGGUGAAGACCGGCUACCAGGCAUGCAGGGCCCACAUCACUGCCAUGGUUGCUGCCAGGACCGACGCGCGAGUGUUUGAAGUCACGGUCAGGAUCCUAAACCGCAGCAUGACAGAGGGGCUGCUGGACCGCGGGAGCCCUGAGUUCCAGGACUUCUCCCAGCAACUGAUGCAUGAGGUCACCGCCUCCUUGCCGCCAGCCGUUUCUGACUUGUACCGAAGAGGGAAGCUGAGGCUGCAGGUCGUGUCUCUCCAGACUGGAAGCGUGGUGGUGAAGCUCAGGCUGACCGUGUGGGACCCUGAGUUCCCAGUGGGCGUGUCCACGCUGGCCCCCCUGCUCCCGGCUCUGUGGGCGAGCACCGUGUUCCAGGUUGACCAGCAGGGGACACACGUGCAAGACUGGGACGAGUGUGCAGACAGCCUGGAGCAUGACUGCUCGCCGGCGGCCCAGUGCAUCAACCUCGAGGGCUCCUACACCUGCCGCUGCCGGACAGCCAGGGACGCCAACCCCUCCAGACCGGGCCGGGUCUGCCACGGUGACAUGGAGAGUCCCACGGAUGUGCCGUCUCCAGUGUCAGAGGUCACAGCCUCAGUUCCCAGCACAGAAACAACAUCCUUCAGUCUGGAGACCCCUGCCUUGUCCACCGGCCCUGGACACCUAUGGAGCACCCCUGCAGCAGGCCAGGCCUGGACCCUAGGGCUCCCACCCAGGAGAGGAGUCAGCAGCUUGGGCAGCCACAGUGGUAACAGCACUGGGCACGGCAUGGAGAAGGAGUCACCCCCUAACUCUACUGUGGAGCUGCCCUUCUGGCCCACUCCUGCCCCGGAUCCCACAGCCCACAUCGAGUGGCACUCCAGCUUCCCCGUGAGGGACACACCCCCAGCACCUCUGGAUCCCACGUGGGCGCAGAACUUGGACCCCGGGCCCUUCAGCUCCCCAGACCAGCCCUUGGCCCCCACGCCUGCAUCUCUGAAGACCCCGGCCUGUGCUCCCGUCCCUAUCGGAAGGGUCACUGUCUCCAAUGUGACCAGCACGGGCUUUCAUGUGGCCUGGGUGGCGGAUCCCACCCUGCGCCCCACUUUCCAGCUCAGCCUGGUUUCUGCUCGGAGCUCCAUCGUGCACCUGCAGACCCAGAAAGCAAGCCUGAUGGUGUCAGGCCUGGAGCCCGGCGUCCUGUACCUGGUGGAGAUCGUGGCCAGAGCAUGUGGGCGAGAAAGUGCCAAAGCCCAGCUGAAAGUGAGGACAGCGGCUCAGAAGCUCAGUGGGAAAGUCAGAAUAGUGAACGUCAGGUAUUUAGAAUCCUUCAGCAACACCAGCAGUGAGCAGUCCCAGGCCUUCCUAGAGCUCUUCUUGAGGACGGUGCGGAGUUCCUUGCCAGCCUUCAUGCUUCAGCGCCUGGACACAGGCGGGGUGCGCAUAGAAGUGACUCGCAUCUCCAACGGCAGCGUCGUGGUGGAGUUCACCUUGCUGGCCACCACAGACAUGGAUGUCCGGGAGGUGUCUGCUGCAUUCCUGGCCGCCUUUCAGAACACCUCUCUGCUGGAGGUGGCCAGGGGCGACACCCUCAUAGGGGAUUUUGAUGAGUGUGCAAGCCGAGAGGAUGACUGUGCCCCGGGCUCUGCCUGCCGCAACACGCUGGGCUCCUUCACCUGCAGCUGCGAGGGAGGCGCCCCUGACCUCCUAGUGGAAUUUUCUGGAAGACCCUGCGAAGGUGACUCUCCUGGCAACACAACCCAGGCCCCUGGCCCAGAACAGCCCCCAACCCCAACGGCAGCUGAAGCUGCCUCUGUGCAAGGUGCCCACCCUGCCGCCCAGGGCCUCUCCCCACGGCUGAACCUGACUGGGGCGGUCAGGGUGCUCUGUGAGAUCGAGAAGGUGGCUAUUGUCAUCCAGAGGCGCUUUCUGCAGCAGGAGGGCAUCCCCGAGUCCUCACUCUACCUGGGGCAGCCGUCCUGCAACAUCAGCGACCGAAACAGCACACACGUGACCCUGGCAGCCGCGUGGAGCGAGUGCGGGACCGCCCUGCAGAGCAACAUGACCACUACGGUGGUGAGGACCAUGCUGAGGAACGACAUGUCCCCAGAGGGCAUCAUCCACCACAUGAAGAUUGAGAGCCCCAUCCACUGCGCCUUCCAAAAUGACCUCCUGACCUCAUCCGGCUACACGCCCGAGUGGGGGGUUUACACCAUCAUUGAGGACCUCCACGGUGCUGGAAGUUUCGUCACUGAAAUGCAGUUAUUUAUUGGAGACUCUCCAAUUCCUCAAAAUUACAGCGUGUCUGCCAGCGAUGAUGUCAAGAUCGAAGUAGGGCUCUAUAAACAGAAAAGCAACCUGAAGGUGGUCCUGACUGAAUGCUGGGCCACGCCAUCCAGCAAUGCCAGGGACCCGAUCAUGUUUGGUUUCAUUAACAACAGCUGCCCCAUCCCCAAUACACACACGAACGUGAUCGAGAACGGUAGUUCCAACAAGGCCCGGUUUAAGCUGAGAAUCUUUUCCUUCAUCAACAACUCCAUAGUCUAUUUGCACUGCAAACUCCGCGUCUGCAUGGAAUCCCCCGGAGCCACAUGCAAGAUAAACUGUGAUGACUUUCGGUCACUGAGAAGCAGCGAGGCAUCCGUGAUGCACCAGAUGUCCUGGGGACCCCUGAUUCGGUCUGAAGGGUCACCUCUGGCGGCAGGCCCGGGCCUGGGAGCCGGCUACCUGGUCCUCAUCGUGGGGGCCGCCUGUGCCUUGGUGGCCGGGGCCGCUGCCCUCCUUGUCCGGCACUACCAGAGAAUGACUGGAAAAUACGACUUCAAAGCCCGGUCCGACAACUUCAGCUACCAGGCGUUCCACGAGUAA